UAUCCACAUGUUGGCGGGAUUCCCCACAAACUCUCUAACCCAUGCCUGGUAAACACUUCUAGAUAUAAGAAGCGGCAUUCCAGUCUUUUUCUGUUGUCGUUUCUCUGCUUCCAUUGUCAUAUUUGAUCAGACCGUCCAGUCUACCCCACGAUGGAUUCCUCACAGUUCCGAAAGGCGGCGAAAGGAGCCAUUGACGAAAUUGCACAAUACUAUGACACAGUAGGGGAACGACCAGUCCUGCCCGCUGUCAAGCCAGGUUAUCUCCGCCCUCUCCUCCCAUCCUCAACCCCAGAAGAAGGCGAGCCAUGGGAAACCAUCCAAGCAGACAUCGACCGCGUAAUCAUGCCUGGUCUCACGCACUGGCAAUCCCCCAAAUUCAUGGCCUUUUUCCCCUGCAACUCCUCCUUCGAAGCCAUGCUGGGUGAAAUGUACAGCGGAGCCUUCAACGCCGCAGCCUUCAACUGGGUCUGCUCGCCCGCCAUCACGGAGCUCGAAACCGUCGUCAUGGACUGGGUCGCCAAGCUCAUCGCCCUACCCAGUGACUUUCUCAGCGACGGCGAAGGCGGAGGCAUCAUCCAAGGCACCGCCAGCGAAGUCGUCCUCACCGCGCUCGUCGCCGCCCGCGAACGCAUCAUCCGCCGCAAACUAGGCGACAUGCCCGAAGGCGAAGAAAGACUCGACGCUGCAGCAGAUAUACGCAGCAAACUCGUAGCCCUGGGCUCCGAACACGCGCACUCCUCAACCCAAAAGGCAGCAAUCAUUGCAGGAACACGGUUCCGCACCGUUCCUGCACCUAGAGAAUCAAACUACAGUGUCACCGCUGCCGCGCUCCGCAGCACAAUCGAAGCCUGCCGCGCAAAAGGCCUCGAACCAUUCUACUUCACCAUCACCCUUGGCAGCACGGGGACCUGCGCCAUCGACGAUCUCGCCGGCAUCGCACAGCUCGCACAGGAGUACCCCAAUCUCUGGAUCCACGUCGACGCCGCAUAUGCCGGCUCCGCGCUCGUCUGCCCUGAAUACCAGCAUCUGUGCCCCCCAAUCGCAUCGUUUGACUCGUUCAAUUUCAAUCUGCACAAGUGGCUGCUUGUGAACUUUGAUUGCUCUGCUUUCUUUAUCAAGAAGAGGAAGGAUCUUAUGGAUACGUAUUCCAUCACCCCGAGUUACCUGCGCAAUCCGCACUCGGAUCAGGGUCUUGUGACGGAUUACCGCGACUGGCAGAUUCCGCUAGGCCGCCGCUUUCGUAGCUUGAAGGUGUGGUUUGUACUCCGGAGCUACGGAGUAUCGGGCCUGAGGGCGUUCAUACGCAAGCAUGUUGAGUUGGGCGUGUAUUUCCAGAAUUUGCUCGAGCAACGCAAGGAUCUUUUUAGGGUGGAGACUGAGGCAGCGUUUGGGCUUGUGACUUUUCAGAUUAAACCCAAGGCUUAUGCUGAGAUGGUGAAUCAGCGGACAAAGGAGGUGUAUGAGAGGGUGAAUAACAAGGGAGAUUUCUUUUUAACAAGUACGGUAAUUGGGGGGAGGUAUGUAAUUCGGGUUGUUAGUGCAACGACCAAGAGUGAGGAGAAGUGGAUGAAGAUGUUGUUUGACGAGUUGGUGGAGACUGCUGAGGUGAAGACGGCAUGAGGGUAGUUGGAUAUGCUGUGAUUAAGCUGGUAGUAGAAGUAUAGAUAUAGGCUCUCUCUUGUCUAUCGCAAUGUAUGUGUAGUCAA